AAAAAAAAAGAAGCCAAGAAAAAAAAAAACUCGUCUUUGCAGGCGCUGGGGGAGCUGGCUGGCUGCUAGAGCUCCAUAUGCAGCAAGCACUUUCCUGAUCACCUCCAGCACUCUGCUGCUCCACGUCUCCACCACUUCAUGAUCCGCUUCCCCCCUCCAUCACCCUCAUCUCUUUGAUUCCUAUUUCUGAUUGGAUUUCUACCUAUACAUGAUCACAGACAGAGUAGAUUGAUCUCUGGCUGGUGGGGAGGGGUGGAGGCAAAGACACUUUUAUUUCCCUGCAUGAGUGAGGACACAAGCGAGGAGCCACAACUGAGACAGAAUAAGGGCAGAAGCUUGUCUUUAUUGACCUCUCCCUCCCCACCCCCUCCUCCCUAUUUUUUCCCACCCUGAUCCCCCUCUGUAAACUCAUCCGGUCCCGGUUAUCUUCAGACGGACCUGCGAUGUCCUAUCCUCAGGGUUAUCUCUACCAGCCUCCUGGCUCCUUGGCUCUCUACUCCUGUCCGGCUUAUGGGGCCUCAGCGCUGGCCGCCCCGAGGAGCGAAGAUCUGGCCAGAUCCUCGUCCGGCUCCGCGUUCAGUCCUUACCCGGGAUCCGCAGCCUUCAGCGCCCAGACGGCCACUGGCUUCAGCAGCCCGCUGUCCUACUCUGGUGACCCCGCCGGAUUCCCCUCCUACGUGGGUUCUCCAUACGAUGCACAUACGGCUGGCAUGACAGGGGCAAUCAGCUAUCAUCCAUAUGGCAGCCCGGCUUAUCCCUACCAAUUAAAUGACCCCGCUUAUAGAAAAAAUGCUACUAGGGACGCUACAGCCACGUUAAAGGCCUGGCUGAAUGAGCACAGGAAGAACCCUUACCCCACCAAGGGCGAGAAGAUCAUGUUGGCCAUCAUCACCAAGAUGACCCUCACCCAAGUCUCCACGUGGUUUGCCAAUGCCAGGAGGAGGCUGAAAAAGGAGAACAAGAUGACCUGGGCACCUCGCAAUAAAAGUGAGGACGAGGAUGACGAUGAUGGAGAUGGAGAAAGAGGCAAGGAGGAUCAUUCUGAUAAGAUCCAGGAUAACAAUGAGACCUCAGCAGAGGAUGAAGGUAUUAGUUUGCACGUUGACUCAUUGACUGACCACUCUUGUUCUGCUGAGUCUGAUGGAGAAAAGUUACCUUGCAGAGCUGGAGACCAUCUUUGUGAAUCAGGCACUGAAUCCAAGGACAAAUAUGAGGAUGAAGAGGACGAGGAAGACUUAGAUGAAGAAAACAGGAGUCUCCCUCCCAAACCUGUGACCUCCUCACCCCUCACAGGCAUAGAGGCACCAAUCCUUAAUCACCAGCAUGAGGGGAGCCCCAGAUCUUCUAACAAAGCCAUCUUGGACAAUAGGAUUUCCCCAACUUCUCAGACCCAGGCCAGCAAACCCAAACUUUGGUCCCUGGCUGAGAUAGCCACCUCAGACAUUAAACAUCAGAAUAUAGGGCAGAGCUGCCAGCCGUCUACUGUAUCCUCUGCCACCUCUUCAUCAGUAUCCCACAACUCUGCCUACCCUUCCUCUUCAAUCCUGGGAAGGCACAUCUACUAUACAUCGCCUUUUUAUAGCAACUAUACGAACUAUGGAAAUUUCAAUGCUCUCCAAAGCCAAGGGAUCCUGAGAUACAAUUCAGCCACCAUGACUACCAGCGAGGCACUAAAUCAAACUGUUUUAAGCAGCAACUCUCUACACAAACACACAAGCAAUGACUGUCUAAAAACUGCCAGCAACCAGAUAGAUCAGCACUACAGGUCAGCCAGCUAUGACUCUAAAAAAGGUAGGUGUCACAAUUGCUUAGAAAAAAAAAACCUCAGCAAGCCAUCUUCUCUCCCCGAGCUAAUAAGUAAAACGUAUCUAAAUCCGGAUCACAUCUUGUGCCACUGUAUAAAAGAAGACACACAGAGCACUAUUAAAUCUACAGACUUUCCCCCCUAUGUUUUUAUUUUUAAACAAUAAAGAAGAGCUCCCUUGGACAUAUGUGAAAAUGAUUGGUAUAGUAUAGUUACCCUGAUGUAUAUUGUGAUUAUUUUUUUUUUUUUGUUUGGGGCAAUCUCUUUAUUUUCUCAGGAUAUCUUUGACUUGAUCACAGCGUUGCCACGGUUAUAUAUUCUAUAGGUAUGAUAGAAUUUUAUUGUAAAGACUGAAUGGAAAAGGAAGAACACUUAUUUCUAAAAAAUAAAAAGAUCUAUACCAUAGAGACAGUACGUCUUGACCGAUGAACUGGAGAACUAAAUUAUGUGGGACAAAGUAAAAAAAAAAAAAAAAAAAAGAUUUCAUAUUUAUUUUUGUAAAGAUAUGAAAAAAAAGCUUCUAGUAAUUUAUGCAAGUUGUAUUGCAAUGAAAUUUAACAUUUGUUUUGUAAAUAAAUUCUGACUGUUUUUAUUUGAAAACAGAUGAUGAUCACUAUGAACCUUUCUUGAUUCUUUGAUUGUCAAUGAGUAUUCUUUAAUAAUUUAUAUACUGAACUGUAAAUAAACACAGAUUAGAAAUGAAAUUGUUAAUCGUCAUGCUAUUACAACCUAUGCACAGACCACAUACAGGCUUUUGCCUAAAAAAAAUAAUAAAUGAAGAAAUACCCGCUUAUAUGCAAGUGUGGAAAUGUUUCCAUCCAAUCAGCCAGACAGGUUUCAGGCAGGUUUGUGGCUUUAUUAUUGUUUCAUUAUCUUAUUGUGUUUAUGAAUAAAGUCUUUAAAAAUACCCUUUA